GAUCUCAGCUCCCCUUUUCUCACUCUGUCAUUUACUUUUUUUCUCUUCUUUUGUGGCAUGAUGAGAGAAACAUAGAUAUGGUACUCUAUUGGGCCUCAUAUGUUACACCUGAAGCUUUCAAAUAUAAUGUAAUCUCAUUUAGAACAUUUUUGGGGCAAGGCUUUUUGGAUUGUGGAAUCGUCAUAAAGAUCUGUUUAAGUUUGCUGAUCUAAGGAAGAGAUGGAGGUAUUUGGCAAAUCUAUGGUAUCCGUGCCUACAAAUGUUAUUUAUUUGUCAAGUAUUCUGGGCCAAGAUGGUUCAAACCCUGUCCACAAGUGUGAUGGGAAAUGUGAAAAUGAACAUGUAUGUGGAAACAUGUUCCGCUGCAGACUAACAGGACUCACACAUAUCUGUGACAAAAACUGUAACCAGAGAAUUCUCUACGAUAACCAUAGCUCCCUUUGCAGAGUGAGCAGGCAGGUUUUCCCUCUAACACCGGCUGAGCAACAUGCAGUGAGAGGUGUCCGGAGAAAGAUUGAUGAUGAGAGUUCUGCUUCUGAUAGCUGUGCUUUUAAGCGCAGAAGGGAUGCACAAUUCCAUCCCUCUCCUUUUGAGAGAUCGUUCUCUGCUGUUAGUCCAAUCUGCAGUCAAAUUGGAGAUGGCAUGGACAUGAGCUAGACUUUAAUAAUUUUAAUAAACUAUCUUCUUAUUCCUAUUUUCCUUUUUCGAUCUUUUAUUUUUCAUGCGGCAAGAAUGGAUAACGGAACUUGAUGCGGCAACAUUAAUGGAGGACGUGAUGUGUCCUGUCCUGUCUGUCUGUCUGUAGGAGCAACUUAUAUUCUGAACUUGUUUAAUGGAUUGUAUCUUCUAAACACGAGCUGGACUAUUUAUAGGAUCUUUAACAAUGCUUUAUGUCUUCUAACUUUUUUUUUCGGGGUUCUCUAUAAAGCUCGAGGUCUACUUUUGUGCUGUGCCAAAGCUUGAACUCUGACAAAUACAGAGUUCUUUUGCAAUACCUGACUCAAUGUCUCCGUUUGAUGACUUUCAAUUCUUUGUGUGGGUGCCUUUGUAUGAGCAUGUUUCUAACGUGGUUGUAUUUUGCACAAUGCGUUAGUGAUAUGUUGCUUAUUUUGUUGUUUAAUUGUAAUUUGUCAUUUUCACCCCUUGAAGCAAUUUGCUUUUUAGUGGCUUGCUUUAUUUAUCCGUCGACUGUGAUCUCUGUAACCUUAUCUUCAAGAGGAUUAUUGUUACUUGGAUAUUGGGAAAUUUUUUAAGGUUCGCUUAUGCUCUACAGGUUUUCCAGUACAAAUGAAGCACAAUUUUGGUUUGUAUCUGGUAGAAAAUUUAUCUUAAGUUACCAUUGAUUUACUUUUCCAACUAUUUUUCAGGUUGAAGAGGAACGAUCCAGUUUCUUUCCUAGUUUACGUUUUAUUUUUUUCUUUUGUUUGUUUCUGCUUCUACCAUGCUGAUUUUGAUAUAUGGUUUCCUGAAGCUAAUGUUAUUUUUGCAGGGUUGAAGCAUGUGCCAUUCAGGAGAGUUGAAAAUAGCUUGUUGCUUUCAUGAUUGAAUCAUUCUAUUUUUUAAGUUAAUUAAACUAAAAAGUGGCACAUUUCUAAUGUCAUUUUUUUUUAUUGUUUGCGCAGGGAUGGAAAUUCUGCUUUUUGCUUGCUAUGGGGAACAGUGGUGCACUGAAGGACACUGAUGAAAUGUGGAAACGCAAUUGCUGUGAAACCAUUCACAUCACGGUGUAGGCCAGACCUCCUAAAUCUUUGUCUUCCUCAGUUACUAGUCCUUGGUUGUAUCCACAAGCCAAUUCAUGUCAUGGAUUCUCAUCAAUCCAAUUCCAGUUCCAGCUCUACUUUAUACAUCUUCGACCCUCUCGUAAAACUAGAAGCUGCCUACUACAACGAAGGCUAUAGCGAGGGCUAAAAUGACAGCUUAUCAUCUGGGAAAGAUGAGGGAUGCCAAGAGGGUCUCAAGAAAGGCUUGGAAGUAGGCAAGGAACUAGGGUUUUUUAGAGGCUGUACUGAUGUAUGGAACUUCACAAUCCAAAUCAACCCGACUUGUUUUUCGUGGAGGGUUCAGAAAAGCAUCAAACAGAUGGAUGAAAUGGUUAAGAACUACCCAAUGUGGGAGGAGCCCACUGCCCAGUACUUUAUUUUAAGGCUCUUUGAGGGCAAAGUUUAGGGCUAUUUGUGCCAUAUUGAAGGUGAAGUUGGAGCAUAAUGGGUACCCAGAGGCUUCAAAUGUCGAGGAUAUUGAGUUUUGACAUGUUUCGAGUUUUAUUAUUGUGAAAUUUUGCUGCGAUAUGCGAUGCGAACCAAACAGGACAUUGCACAUUGCGAGCUCCUGCUUUGGACAGAGUAAUUGGACAAAGAUUCUGAUUUGCAUCUUCAAGCAGAAUGACAAAGAGGCUCCAAACUUAAUGAAUCUACUGUAUUUAGGUACUUGCUAGCCUCAAUUUCUCAACUACAGUAGCGGCAAUCUUCCAGCUUGUAUCUGUCACACACAGUGAAAUAGAAUUAGACUCUUUUGGAAUUUUGGUUUAUUUUGUUAUUUAAUAUAAUUGCAUUUUUUGAAGAAAGGAAUACAGGCCUUGCUUUGAGGCCUUCCAAAGUAGAGUUUUUCCAUAGCCAAAAAAAAAAAGAAAUUAUAGUGUG